CUUCUUCCUUCUCUCUUUCCCGCCAUCCCCUUCUCUUUCCCCCAUCUCCAAAAUCAUGGCGGGCGGGACCGGGGACGUUCGGAAGCUCUUCAUCUUCACGACUACCCAGAAUUACUUCGGACUGAUGUCGGAACCCGGGGACCAGGCACUGCCCCACAACUCUCUGGAAAUCAACAACUUCUUGGACGACGGGAACCAGAUGCUCCUCAGGGUGCAGCGAUCCGACGCCGGGAUCUCUUUUUCCAACACGAUUGAUUUUGGUGACACAAAAGAUAAAGUGUUGGUGUUUUUCAAGCUGAGACCUGAAGUAAUUACUGAUGAGAAUCUGCAUAAUAACAUCCUUGUCUCAUCCAUGGUAGAGUCACCUAUUAAUUCCCUUUACCAAGCUGUGAGGCAAGUAUUUGCACCAGUGCUAUUAAAGGAUCAGGAAUGGAGCAGAAACUUUGAUCCCAAACUUCAGAAUCUUUUGAGUGAACUAGAAGCUGGGUUAGGUAUAGUUCUACGAAGAUCAGACACUAAUCUAUCAAAAUUGAAAUAUAAAGAAGAUGAUACACGAGGUAUUCUUACACCAAGUGAUGAGUUCCAGUUUUGGAUAGAACAAGCUCAUCGUGGAAAUAAGCAGAUUAGUAGAGAAAGAGCCAGUUGUUUUAAAGAAUUAUUUGAAAGAAUAGCAAGAGAGUUUUAUAACUUGGACAGUCUGUCCUUACUGGAAGUCGUGGACUUGGUGGAGACUACUCGGGAUGUUGUAGAUGACGUGUGGAGACAAACAGAACAUGAUCAUUACCCUGAGGCACGAAUGCUGCAUCUCUUAGAUAUUAUAGGUGGUUCAUUUGGAAGAUUUGUUCAGAAGAAGUUGGGAACUUUGAACCUAUGGGAAGAUCCUUACUACCUUGUGAAAGAAAAUUUGAAAGCUGGUAUUUCAAUAUGUGAACAGUGGGUGAUAAUCUGUAAUCAUCUAACAGGGCAAGUGUGGCAGCGCUAUGUUCCUCAUCCAUGGAAAAACGAAAAAUAUUUCCCAGAAACACUUGAUAAACUCGGCAAACGCCUUGAAGAGGUCUUGGCUGUUAGAACAAUUCAUGAGAAGCUUCUAUAUUUUUUACCUGCCAGUGAAGAGAAACUCAUAUGCCUGGCUCGUGUCUUUGAACCAUUUACUGGCCUGAAUCCUGUGCAGUAUAAUCCAUAUACAGAGCCUUUGUGGAAAGCUGCUGUAUCUCAAUAUGAAAAAAUUAUUGCACCUGCAGAACAAAAAAUAGCAGGAAAAUUGAAAAAUUAUAUUUCAGAAAUUGAAGAUAGUCCACAGCAGCUUCUUCAAGCAUUUCUGAAAUAUAAAGAGUUGGUGAAGCGCCCAACUAUAAGUAAAGAAUUGAUGUUAGAAAGAGAAACUUUACUGGCAAGACUUACGGACUCAGUAAAAGAUUUUCGAUCAGACUUUGAAAAUCGGUGCCGAGGAAUUCCUGGUGAUGCAUCUGGGCCACUUUCUGGCAAAAAUCUUUCAGAAGUUGUCAAUAAUAUAGUUUGGGUUCGCCAGUUGGAAUUGAAGGUAGAUGAUACAAUCAAGAUUGCAGAAGCUCUUUUAUCUGACUUGUCAGGAUUUCGGUCUUUUCAUCGAAGUGCUGAAGAUCUCUCAGAUCAGUUUAAACUGUACGAACAAGAACAAUUUGAUGACUGGUCCAGGGAUAUUCAGUCUGGCUUAUCUGAUUCCAGAUCUGGUUUGUG